GCAGUGAUUGGUUGCUGCGCGCGGCUGGGGGAUGACGUCCGUGUGCCGGGUGUUGCUAUGGGCGCGCGCGUUGUUUAUGCUACCAGCCAUCUUUGCCAGCCACCACCAAACCACCCAACCUCAUCAUUUCUGGCACCACCAAAACUAUUCGAGGCUGCAGGCAAAGAGACAAGUCACAUUCCACGCUUCCACCUUCACUUCACACCCACGCUGAAUCUUCUUCCACAACAGGAGGCAUCUGACAAUCGUUAUCCUAGUUUACAUUCCAACCGAAGCUGCCCCAAGAGCUACCUACCAAGCGUACCGCAUCUCAAAUCUCGAACGGCAUUCCACGCAUAUUCGACACAGCUAUUCUGGGCACAGGCCGACCGACCGUCCACUCUCUUCACCUUCUUUUAGAGACAGAGACGCCAGCAGCACAGGUCGGAGUGCAUUCCACCGUACAUCUCGCCCGGCCCAUUGGGGGCGCAGGGAUAAUCCAAGACCCGCACGAGGCAUUCUAAAGGGGAGACAUAUACACAAUGGCGGGACUGCGGUUCGCGGUCACCAUGCAACGGUUAAUACCGUUUCUGGGCUACCACCAUGUUCUCAUGAUCUUGAUCGCCAUUGCUAUCAUCUUACUAUGUAAGUUUACCAUCAAAGUGUGAAAAGGAUGCAGCAGCUAAUC